AUGCUCGUGCGGUCUUCCACGCCGACGCGUCCCAUCCUACCAGCUGCGGAUAACGCACCUAGCAAGGUAGCUGAGAAGAACGGGAAUGGAGUCAAGAAGCAUGGCCCCGCAGACGGCGACGGCACCUUUGAGAUAGUGGUCAAGACGUACUUCCCGACUGAUAAGCAGCCCGGCGGAGCCAUGUCCAACAUUCUACACUAUAUGCCCAUCGGAGGCGGAGUGGAGAUCCGCGGGCCGACGGGUGAGAUCACGUAUGAGGGUAAUGGUAGGUUUAUCAUUGACGGCGAGGAGCGCGUGUACCGGCAGGUUUCUCUGGUGCUAGGCGGAUCGGGCGUUACGCCGGGGUACUCCCUCGUUGCGAGAAUCGUGGAGUCUGGUGAUGACGAAACAGAAGUUCGGGUCGUGGAUGCGAACAAGACGGAGGAUGAUAUCCUUCUUCGAAAGGAGUUUGAUGGUUUCGUGAAGAAGAGCGGGGGGAGAUUGAAGGUCACGCAUGUCUUGAGCCACCCCAGUGGUGAAUGGGAUGGCUUGAGCGGCCAUGUUGACGGCAAAGUUCUUAGGAAGAACUCGUUCGCUCCGUCGGAUGACAGUGCCUUGUUCCUUUGCGGACCACCGGCGAUGAUCCAAAAGGCUGCGUUGCCGGCAUUGAAAGAAUGGGGUUACGAGGAGGACGAGAAUGUCUUUGGUUUCUAG